AUGUCGACGUCAGUGAAGCAUCGUGAGUUCGUUUCCGAGCCGAUGGGCGAAAAAGAAGUUGAGACGAUUGCCGGAAUUGGCCCCACGUAUGGCGAGAAACUGCGAGACAAAGGAUUCGACAAAGCCUACGUCGUCUUCGGCCAAUUUCUGUUGCUAAAGAAGGAUGAGGAGCUCUUCGUCGAAUGGUUGAAGGAGACUGCUGGGAUCACGAAGAACCACGCCACGAGUUGCUACAACUGUUUGAAUGAAUGGGCUCAACAGUACAUU